AUGUCCGGUCUUCCACCAGUCGCGUCUUCGUCUUCGUCAUCGUCGAUCUGCGGACCUACAAGCGCAUCGUCGUACGCAUCCCCCGCUCCCGCUCUCUGGGCACACCUUCUCCGCAGACCCCUCCUCCGUGACUCCAUCUCCCAAUCCAAGUCAAGGACGAAUGCUACCGGUACAUCACUACCCCCACCAGUUCAAUUAGCCCCUGUGGACAAAAACGCAACUUCAACGAGAAUUCUGUUACACGAUACACAUGCGCAGUUGGAGAUCUUUACGGAGAGGAGCGGGAAGCUGAUGGUCGAAGUUGAGCAGGCGCGGAGGGAGUUGAGUAAGGUGGGAGAGAUGUUCGAGAGUGAGAGGGAGGGAUUGGUCGACGAUAUGGUUAAACUUGUCAACAGAUGCCAGACUGAACUGCAGAAGUCAGUAGGAGAGCCAGCUCAGAGCCGUCCUCUCGAGGCUAUGGACGCGAAGAUGGGACUUGUGACCCAGUCCCUUCAUUCUGUCAACGACAAGUUGAGCUCCAUGAACUCCAAGUUUGAUACUCUCCACAUGGUAAUCACUACUCGUACUUCACUCUUUCCCUUCUUUCAACGCAUAUAUUGA